AUGCAGCAUAUAUCAUACGCCAUCAGCGGCUACGUCUGUGUUGUUAUGGCUAAGUUCAACUAUGGCCUGUUGGAUCAGGGAGCUGGACCAAAAUCACUAUCUUUCCAUUUCCCAUGGGGCCAAUGUGUCCUUCUGGAAUCAACCCAACGAAACGAUAUCUUCUGCCAUCUGGAGCAGCCAAAAAAUCGCUCUAGUCGAAGCUUAGAGCGACCUUUCACCAUAUUCAGAGUUCAACCACAACGAGGAGUGUUAGAGGAUAUGAGCGGGUUGCUCCAUCGAGCCCGAAGACGUCCAUUUCUUAUUUACUGGUGGCAGAUCUUGCGCAGAGUUUCUGAAAACCCACUCACUCCCCUUCCCCUCCACCCGAUUUUGAUUUUUUAUUUUUUUUGGCUCAAAGUUUUCCGGGAUCCUGAGCCUCGAAUCUCGUCGCUGACGACUAUCCUCACAUUGUCUGCCACGACGAUAUUAAUUGCUGAUGCACAAGUGCCCCUCCUACCUGAUGUCAUUGGAUGCGCGAAGGAAAAGCCCGUGAAACCCGCAUCGCAUUGCGCUGUCGACGAUAGUGAGGGAAGUCGUCUUGUGUGGCUUGGGGUGGAGUGGUGGGCGGAUGUGUCAAAUGUUUUAAGUCAGGCGGGAAUGGACAUCACAUAUGUGCUACGUGUUUGGAAGGCCAUUUUCAAUGAUGGCCGACCUUGA